AUGUGGUGUAAUUUAUGUAAUACUCCGUUUUUUGAACAUAUCAUUGCUCUAAAACGUCUUUUGAAAAAGCUGGUAACUGGAAGUGGAUGUGGAAAAUCCGAUAGAGUGUUAUUUCAACGUGCAGCCGCAUUGGAUGCACGGAGUCGAACGUUGCCUUCAGCGCUUCGUUGUUCGCAAAAGAGCGUGGGUACGAAGCGCGUUCGUUUCGCUGAUGCUCUUGGAUUGAAUCUGGAAAUUCGCCAGUACUUCACGGAGAAAGAGUCGCAUUCGUUAUUCAGGUUCUCCAACAAACUUCCAUCUCCAACACCUGAGCAUCGCUUGGUAUUGUCGAACUUCACCUACCAUUCUGAAUCCGAGUAUAAUCAGCGUGCUUGUGACGAGAAAGUCUGUCUAGCGAAACUAUGCGCGCACAAUCGUUCUAUAAUCGGGCAAGUCAAUGUUGCAAACAUCUCUUUCACUAAAGAGGUAGUCAUUCGCUAUACAACUACUAACUGGGCGGUGUUCGACGAAGUGACAGCGUCUUACGGUCAUAGUGUCUUCGGCGCCGAUAAUGUUGACGCCUUCCUCUUUUUAAUAACGCUUCCCUCAAAUAUGAAGGAUGGACAAUGCCAAUUUUGUGUGCGUUUCACUGUGAACGGUUGUGAAUUUUGGGACAAUAAUCGGGGAGCCAAUUACCGAGUGGAUAUGAAGCCCAAGAUGUCCUUCCCAGCAGUGCAGCAUGAUACGAGUGAAGCUGUCUUGUCAACUCUCAAGACUAACUCCGUCUUCACUCCACGCCGUCUACGGCGUUGGCGACGAGCCCAGGAGGAGUCCGACGACGAAAGUUCGCAUAUUUAUAUUCCUUAUCAUAGAACUCCACAGUAG